CCUCUCCAAACCAAAAUAGCCUCCCAGCCCUCUCUGCCUCCCCAAAAAACAAACAAACAGAGGUCGCGCUUCCGAUCUAGCUCUGCGGCUGUCACGAGGCUCCCCAUUUCCCUCCCCGCAGCGCCGAAGCAAGCAUGUGUCCCGGCGGCAGGUACGCGGGCCUUGACCUCCCCGCCGGCGCCGGCGCGGGGGACCUGCGGCCGGCGUUCGACGUGCUGGACGCGGACCACGACGGCCGCAUCAGCCGCGACGACCUCAAGACCUUCUACGCCAACGCCGGCGCCACCGACGAGCGCUUCGACGACGACGACAUCGAGGCCAUGAUCGCCGCCGCCGACGCCGACCUCGACGGCUUCGUGCAGUACCACGAGUUCGAGGGCCUCCUUGGCCGCGCAGCUAAGGCGGGGGCGGACAGCGGCUGCCGCUCCGCGAUGGAGGACGCCUUCCGGCUAAUGGACCGCGACGGGGACGGCAAGGUCGGGUUCGAGGACCUCAAGGCCUACCUCGGGUGGGCCGGGAUGCCGGUCGCCGACGACGAGAUCCGCGCCAUGAUAAGUAUGGCUGCUGACGACGACGGCGGCGUGGGGCUCGAGGCGCUCGCCAGAAUACUCGCCGUGGACUUUGAUGCCAUCGUCUGAAGAAUCUAAAAUAAUUCGACUGUAAAGCACUAGACUUGAUUUUUUGGGACUUUUCCCCCCUAAAAUUUGGUUGGUGGGGAGAGCAGGCUGGCGUGAGAUUGAUUGUUGUAAGUGGUUCUCGUUAACCGUGAGUUUUGAAUGUAUCGUAGCUGUUACCCAUAAAAUCGAAUCUUUGAGAAACAUAAAA